CCCCGCCCUACAUCUCAGUCAGGCCCAAAUUACUCCAGUCUAACAUACAACAUACAUCAUGACACGAAUUGGUUGGUUUGGCCUCGGCUCCAUGGGCCUCGCCAUGGCCAGCAAUCUCCAAAGACAUCUAGCCCGCAAAACAGCCCCAAGUCUCAUAUACUCCAACCGAACCAUUUCCCGAGGUGACCCCCUCAAGAAACUAGGCGGUACGCCCGCAGACAACUUCUCAAAGCUUGUCUCGCAAUGUGGGAUUAUUUUCACCAUGGUCUCUAAUGACGCCGUCCUGCAAGAAUUGGUCACCACAGCUAUUAACUCUGGCCACUCCCUCAAAGACAAGAUCUUCGUUGACUGCUCAACGGUUCUCCCCGAGACUGUGGGUGCAACAGCCUCGAAGCUGAAAGAAAAGGAAGCGAAGUUCCUCUCCGCUCCUGUUUUCGGGGGCAACCCCAUUGCUGUGGAUGGGAAGCUAGUAUUUGCCAUCGGAGGGCCCAAGCAGGUGGCAGAGGUGGUGAAGCCGUUGAUCCAGGACGUGAUGGGAAGAAAGGUGAUUGAUUGCGGAGAGGACGCUAUGAAGUAUUCGCUUUUGAAGAUUGCGGGCAAUAUCAUCACGGUGAACUUGAUGGAGGCGGUUGGUGAAGCACAGGUCUUUGCUGAGAAGACGGGCUUGGGUACAGGGCCUAUGGAGGACCUUAUCGGAGAGGCUUUUGGAGGUGUAGCUGGUGGUUAUUCCAAACGAUUGACUACUGGUGCCUAUGCACCGCCAUUGGACUCUCGCCCAGGCUUCGGGGUGUCUCUGGCCAUCAAAGAUGCAAAGCACGCGUUUGCCAUGGCGAAACAGCAUAACGUGGAAUUGCCGGGUUUGCAGGUUUCUCUCGAUAACAUGGAGGCUGCCAGGGAGUACGCGGGCGAAUGCUUGGACAGCAGCUCCAUGUACGGCUAUCUGCGGCAGAAGGCAGGCUUGGAGUUUUGGAAUGAAAAGAGUCGACAGGGAAACUCUCAAUAGACUAGACUACAGAGUAGAUACAAGACCGGGCCAGUCGUGUUGAUCUCUCUCCAAAGGGGCGACAAUAGUAGUUACAUUGUCCUAUAUAGUGAUAAAUAUAACCGAUGAUAGUCAUCCACCAUUUAGAUGGCCAAGAAUGUGAAAGCCCUUCCAGACAGAUAACCGCUGUCGGACUGUCCUCCUGCCCGCAGUCAGAGACAUGCGCCUACGUGGUGGAGAGUUCGAGACCCCUCCAUGAAGCCCUCUAUUAAGGCAUUCUUCGCAGCUAAGGGCCGGCCAGAAUAUGAGCUUUUUGGGUUGUUGCUGUGGUGCAAAUGCCCACGCAGGACUAGUCCGUUUUGAUAAUCGCGCACGGACACUGGAAUA